AAUCGACUGUCCCAGAGGACAAACGUUUAGGUGGUGUUGGCGCGGACCGGAUGUCGAUGGAGUUAAUCUAUUUGAUGGUGUCAUCCGACCAUCUCAAACAUAUCGUGUCUUACGUUCCCACACGGUAAAUAUUGCAAACAAUGCCGAUUUAUACCCUUGCUAUAUUUAGAUUCCUUGAAGGAAUAGCCAUACAGCUUCCACACGGCUGGCGCGUUGUCUUUUCCAUUUAUUUUGUCUGGUUUGCAGCUAUACUGCGCUGGUAUCGAAGGGAAGGAGUAGACAGAAAAGUAAUCAAUCUUCUACCUGGCUCAAUACGGAGUAGAUUUUCAAAGAAGGGAGUGUGUCCGAGGAAUGAUAAGUGCAACCUCGUAACGACUGCAUCCUUUUGUACCCAGCCUGCCCAUAGCCACUGUCAGCAGUCGCGUAAAUCUCACAGCCCUAGAAAGUAACACAGGUCAGACAUCUUCCAAUCUCUAACAACUAAUAGAG